AUGCCCCCUCCCAGCAAACAAAGAUCCAACGCAACGUACCGAGGGCGUCUGAAAGCCCACAAAAAUAGCGGGUUUUGUGGUUCCAGUUUAUCGUGCAAGGAGGUCCCUCAAGGACACACUUAUUGCCAAUCUCAUAGAGACCGUAAAAACCAGAGCCAAAGAGCAAGACGCGCUGGAACGAAUACUCUUCCGGCCCAGGAUAACGACCUCGAUGAAACUCACCGACUCUCAUCAUCUGCACAAGCAGCAGCGAUCACGCCUUUUCCCUAUGCACCAAAUGCGUCGUGGGAGAAGCUGAUAUGGGUUUCUUUUCCUGACACGAAACCACUCAAUGAAACCGCGACUCUUGCUAUCCAAGUCUUCUUUGAAGAUCGCGAAAGCCUGGGUCACGAUCCCUGGCUAAGACAAGCCUCUUCCAUGGUGUUGCGCAACACGGUUGUAUCCAUGGAUGGUGAAGGAUCCUAUAUACAUCAAGGCUUGGUCACGCUAUUAGCCACGAAAGCCAAAGUGCAGACUUCAUUUUCUGUCGACACGCAUACAUGGGACUGGUUAACGCAACAGCUUGAGAGCAAUCUGUUGCUUAGCUCCUGCACAGAUGAGAAUGAAAAGCCGUUACGAAGUGUAUUGUUUCUGCACUGGACCACUGACGAGCCUACCAACCCUACACUUGACAGCGUCUACAGCGCAGUACGGCUGCUGAAGCACAUCCAUCCAGCAUCGUUCCGGGUGUAUCCAAACGAGGAAGAAGCGCAGCAGGAAAUGAACAAGCUAGGGGACAUCCGUGCCCUAGAUGAUAUAGCCCAGUCAUCCCGACCAGAAUUCUCAUACCGGCCCAGGACAUGUUUUGGUCAUGGCCCAUGCCAGCUUCGGGACCACGAGCAAACGGUACACAAGAGAACCCAGAGUGGCUGCGCUGCGCACGUCCAUAUUUGUAAGCCAAGUGUUGCGGAUCGUUCGGUACAUUGGUUCUAUCAAGAAUUUGUCCCAUCCCUCCCAAGAUGCGAGUUCAGAGUUUUCAUUGCGACUGAACCAGACAAGAAGGGUCUUCGUCAUCGCAUUGGCAAAGUCAUUGCCAUUGCAAAGACUUCGUUCAACAAAGACACCCAGGCACUUGCAGUACGAGAGUUUCUCGCGGAGGACUUGGAACCCGAACUUAAACCGUCGGAUCUUGUUCGAUUUGCACUCUUCAUUUUCGAAAGUUUACGUGCGCGGCCCGACAGCACAGUCGUUUUCGAGUCGCUUGAGGUGGGAGUUCGCCUCGAUAUCGGCGUUGCAGACAUGGAAACCAUUGGCAAGUCGUUCUUUGUUAAUGAGAUCACGCGGUGGUAUGGAGCCCAUUACUUCUCUCACAACGUAUGUGCAGAACCGAAGACACAAAUCUGCAAAGCGUUUGGCUCUGCGUUCAGUGAUUUUCUUAAUGUUGGUAUGUAA